AUGCAGCUGCUUUCCCGGGACAGCUCCCAGGACCUGUUGCGGUCCCUGGCUCCAAUGGUCCAAGCCGGGGGUCCCUCCUCGCUCUCCCAGCUCAUGUCCAGCGUGUCGGCCCUGUUCUGUGGGUACCCAGAAGGAGGGGGCUCCAGGGUCCUCUCCUUCAACUGGUACGAAGACAACAACUACAAGGUCUUCCUGGGCGUCAACGGGACCAAGAGCCAGAGCUAUGUCUAUGAUGAGACUGCAACCCCGUUCUGUAAUUCCCUGAUGGAGAGUCUGGAGUCAAACCCAAUCACAAAGAUAGUGUGGAGCUCCGUGAAGCCGCUGCUGAUGGGGAAGAUCUUGUACACGCCGGACUCCCCUGCAGUGCACCGGAUACUCAAGAGCGCAAACACCACGUUCGAGGAGCUGGAGCGGCUCAUGGUGAUGUUCAAGUCCUGGGAGGAGCUGGGGCCUCAGAUCUGGACCUUCCUCCACAGCAGUGUGCAGAUGAACAUGAUCCGGGACACUCUCCGCAACCCCACGGUCACACACUUCAUGGACAACAGUCUGGAGGGGACCGGGUUUCGGACCGCAGACAUCCUGAACUUCCUGCACAGUGGAUCGGAGGAGGAGAGGGAUCCCGGAAUGAUGAACAUGGACUGGAGAAACAUCUUCAACCUCACGGAUCAAGUCUUUCACACGAUCAACCAGUACGGACAGUGUGUCAGUCUGGAUAAGUUUGUGCCUCACACCGAUGAGUCCCAGAUGAUCUACAAUUCGCUGCAUCUUCUGGAGCAGAACAAAUACUGGGCCGGAGUGGUCUUCAUUGAUAUGUUUCCCUGGACCAACACCGUCCCCCCGCACGUCCGAUACAAAAUCCGGAUGGACAUCGACGGGGUGGAGCGCACCAACAAAAUAAAGGACAGAUACUGGGACCCGGGCCCCAGAGCUGACCCCAUGGAAGACCAGCGCUACAUCUGGGGGGGCUUUGCGUACCUUCAGGACAUGAUCGAGCACGGCAUCAUCAAGCUGCACACGGGGAACGACUGGCCUCUGGGCGUUUAUGUGCAGCAGAUGCCCUACCCCUGCUACGUGGACGAUGUCUUCAUGAUCACGCUGAACCGCUGCUUCCCAAUGUUCAUGGUGCUGGCCUGGAUCUACUCUGUGUCUAUGACGGUGAAGAGCAUCGUUCUGGAGAAGGAGCUGAGGCUGAAGGAGACGCUUCGCUCCAUGGGUGUGGAGAACGGCGUCUUGUGGUGCACGUGGUUCAUCGACAGCUUCACCAUGAUGGCCGCCAGCACAGCUUUGCUCACUGCUAUCAUCAUGGGAGGAAAAGUGUUGAACUACAGCAACCCUCUGCUGGUCUUCUUCUUCCUCCUCACGUUCACAGUGGCUACGAUCAUGCAGUGUUUCCUGCUCAGUGUGUUCUUUAACAAAGCCAACCUGGCGGCGGCCUGCAGCGGCAUCAUCUACUUCACCCUGUACCUGCCACACGUGCUGUGCCUCGCAUGGCAGGACCGCAUCACCCGCAACCACAAGCUGGCCGCGAGCCUGUUGUCUCCAGUCGCCUUUGGUUUCGGGACAGAAUACUUGUCCCGGUACGAGGAGCAGGGCAGGGGGCUGCAGUGGAACAACAUCCAGACCAGCCCUUUAGAGCAGGACUCCUUCUCUUUCCUCACCUCCAUCCUUAUGAUGAUGUUUGACUCUGUGCUCUACGGCGCCCUCGCCUGGUAUCUGGACAAUGUCUUUCCAGGACAAUAUGGAAUCAGUCGACCGUUCUACUUCCCAUUUCAACCUUCAUAUUGGUCCCGACCUGCUCCGUCAUACAUCGAAUCACCUCAGCAAGUGGAUGUAGAGAUAUCAGAGGCAGAUCAGGCGGAGGCAGAUCAGGCGGAGGCAGAUCAGGCGGACAAAGACGGCGAAAGCGCAGGCACUCCAGAGAUGUACAACUGUAACGGCUCCGGCAGUAGAACCUGUAAACACCACCACAAACGAGAGCGAUUGAAGAGAGAGAAGGACGUGCUGAGGCCCCAGGAGGAGAGCCCCCACAAGGAGGACAUCCCAGACUCCAACCAGGAAGGUCCAGUGUUCUUUGAGUCCGAUCCGGUAGGUCCGGUGCUGGGGGUCCAGAUCCAGGACCUGGUGAAGGUUUUUGAGGGCAGCUCUCGUCCUGCUGUGAACCACCUCAACAUAAACUUCUACGAGGGACAGAUCACCUCUUUCCUCGGCCACAACGGAGCAGGGAAAACCACCACACUCUCCAUCCUCACGGGUCUUUUCCCUCCCACCUCUGGCACGGCCUUUGUCGGCGGCAGAGACAUCCGCACUGACAUCGACCUGAUCCGCCACUCUCUGGGGAUGUGUCCGCAGUACAACAUCCUCUUCAACCACCUGACGGUGAAGGAGCAUAUCCUGUUUUACUCUCUGCUGAAAGAGCGCUCCCUGGCCCAAGCCGAGCAGGAGGUCGAGGACAUGCUGGUGGACCUGGGUCUGCCGCACAAGAGGGACGAGGAGGCACAGAACCUCUCUGGUGGAAUGCAGAGGAAGCUGUCUGUUGCCAUGGCGUUUGUGGGAGGGUCAAAGGUUGUGAUCCUGGAUGAACCCACGUCCGGAGUUGACCCAUAUUCACGAAGGUCCAUUUGGGAUCUGCUGCUGAAGUACAGGACAGGCCGCACAGUGAUCCUGUCCACUCACCACAUGGACGAGGCGGAUCUCCUCAGCGACAGAAUUGCCAUCAUCUCUCAGGGACGACUCCACUGCUGCGGCUCACCCCUGUUUCUCAAGAACUGCUUUGGACUGGGCUUCUAUCUCACUCUAGUGCGCCGAAUGAAGGACCUGAGGCGGAGAGAGAAUGAAUGUGACUGCAGCUCGGAUUGCUCUUGUGCCUGCUCCAUCUGCACAGCCUAUAAGGAACAGUCCCAAAAUUUGUCCCAGUAUCAAGACAGAGUCAUGGAAGGAGACGUGGAGAACAUCACCAGCCUGAUCCACCACCACGUCCCAGAGGCAAAGCUCAUAGAGACGAUCGGGCAGGAGCUGACCUACCUCCUGCCCAAUAAGAACUUCAAACACCGCGCUUAUGCCAGCCUCUUCAGAGAGCUGGAGGAAACACUCACAGACAUGGGCCUCAGCAGCUUCGGCAUCUCAGACACGUCGCUCGAGGAGAUUUUCAUAAAGGUCACCGCAGACGGAGAGGCUGCGAACAAUGCCACAACAGCAGAACAGUGGAUGUUACAGCACAGGAAAAGCAGCAGCAGAAUGGGCUCCCAAAAUGAAGAGCUCAACGGCGCAGGGUCGUCCCAGUCCACAGGCAGCAGCGCGGGGAAAGGCUCCAGACAGAUCAAAGGCUUCUGGCUCGUCCUCAAACAGUUCUUUGCUCUGCUGAUAAAGAGGUUUCACCACGCCACACGCAGCCGCAAAGACUUCAUGGCUCAGAUUGUACUUCCUGCCAGUUUUGUUUUGAUCGCCUUAGUCUUCACCACCAUCGUCCCGCCUUUUGGGGAGUAUCCCGCUCUCACACUGAGCCCCUGGAUGUAUGGACCACAGUUUACAUUUGUCAGUAACGAGCAGCCCUUUGACCUGCGGAUGAAGAAGUUCAUGGAUCGCCUGUUCAACCCUCCAGGACUGGGCACUCGCUGCAUGAUGGGAGAGCCAGGUCUCGGAAUGUCCUGCAGCAACGUGACCACAGAGUGGGAAUACCCGGAAAUCUCUCCGGAAAUGAGCGCUGUUUUUGAGAGCUACAACUGGACGUCCCUGGACCCUUCCCCCUCGUGUGAGUGCAGCAGCGGUGAGCGUUUGACCAUGAUGCCCGUGUGUCCCCUCGGAGCUGGAGGACCCCCCCCAAAGCAGCGUCUGGAGCGGACCGGAGACACCCUGCUUGACUUCACAGAGAGGAACAUCUCUGAUUAUCUGGUGAAGACGUACCCCACCCUCAUCCGCACCAGUUUAAAGAGCAAAUAUUGGGUCAAUGAGCAGAGGUACGGAGGUUUGUCAGUAGGAGGUCAUCUUCCAAUCCUGGAUGUGAAGCCGAGUGACAUGCAGGAGGCCUUCUCUCAGCUUGGACGAAUUCUCAACAUCACUGCAGGGCGGCACUCCAGACAGGCCCUGAGGAACAUCGGGCCUUUCUUAAAAUACAUGGAGAGUGAAUACAAUGUGAAGGUCUGGUACAACAACAAAGGCUGGCACGCCAUGGUGUCCUUCAUGAACGUGGCCAACAACGCCAUCCUGCGCGCAUUCUUGCCGCCGCACGCCAAUCCGGUGGAGUACGGCAUCACAGCGAUCAACCACCCCCUCAACCUCACCAAGGAGCAGCUGUCUGAGGUCACCGUACUGAAGACCUCUGUGGACGCUGUGGUGGCCAUCUGUGUGAUCUUCGCCAUGUCCUUUGUCCCGGCCAGUUUUGUCCUGUACCUCAUCCAAGAGAGGGUCACUAAAGCCAAACACCUGCAGUUUGUGAGCGGGGUCAGCCCUGUGAUCUACUGGGUCUCCAACUUCAUCUGGGACAUGGUGAACUACUGUCUGAGCACAGCAAUGGUGAUUGGGAUCUUUAUGAUUUUCGACAAGAAAUGUUACACUUCUCCAACAAACCUGCCUGCGCUGAUAACUCUGCUGCUUCUCUACGGGUGGUCUGUGACGCCCAUGAUGUACCCCAUGUCCUAUCUGUUUAACGUCCCGAGCACGGCUUACGUCUCCCUGUCUUGCAUCAACCUGUUCAUCGGCAUCAACAGCAGCGCCAUCACCUUCGUCCUGGAGCUCUUUGAGAACAACAGGUCUCUGCUGGCGUUCAACGAGUGGCUGAAGAGAUUUCUGCUGGUUUUCCCUCACUUCUGUCUGGGCCGCGGGUUGAUCGACAUGGCCAUGAACCAGGCCGUCACCGAGGUCUACGCCAGAUUUGGGGAGGAGCACAGGGCCGACCCGUUCAGAUGGGACUUUGUGGGAAAAAACAUGACUUUCAUGGCAGUGGAAGGAUUCUUUUACUUUGCCCUCAAUCUGCUCAUUCAGUACCGCUUCUUCAUGGAGCACUGGUUACCAGUGAGCCAGAACAAAUCUCCCGUCAUCGAUCACGACGACGACGUGGCAGAAGAGAGGCGGAGGAUUUACGAAGGCGGCAGCAAGUCAGACGUCCUGCAAAUCAAAGACCUCUCUAAGACCUACAUGGGCAGGCAGAGGGCAGCGGUGGACCGGAUUUGUGUAGGAGUUCCAGCAGGAGAGUGUUUUGGUUUGCUGGGAGUGAACGGAGCGGGAAAAACCACAACCUUCAAAAUGCUGACGGGCGACACAGACGUGAGCUCAGGGGAGGCCUCUGUGGCAGGAUACAGCAUCGUGACUCAGAUCCUGGACGUGCACCAGAACAUGGGCUACUGUCCGCAGUUUGAUGCCAUCGAUGAUCUUCUGACAGGACGGGAGCAUCUGUACCUGUACGCCCGGCUCCGAGGAGUCCCCGAGUCCGAGAUCCCCCGAGUGGCGGAGUGGGGGAUUGAGAAGCUGGGUUUGAAUGAGUACGCAGAUCGCAGCGCAGGGACCUACAGCGGAGGAAACAAGAGGAAACUGUCCACAGCCAUCGCCAUGAUCGGCUGUCCCGCCCUGGUGCUGUUGGAUGAGCCCACGACGGGGAUGGACCCUCACUCCAAACGCUUUCUGUGGAACGCCAUCAUGAGUGUGAUCCAGGACGGGAGAGCAGUGGUGCUGACGUCCCACAGCAUGGAGGAGUGUGAAGCCUUGUGCACUCGUCUGGCCAUCAUGGUCAACGGCACCUUCAAAUGUCUGGGCACGAUCCAGCACCUCAAGUACAAGUUUGGAGAAGGGUAUGUUGUGACCAUGAAGAUAAAGGCAGCUAAAGCGGGUCAGAGCCCGGAGCUGGGGCCGGUGGAGAGCUUCAUGGACAGCAGUUUUCCCGGCUGUGUGCAGAGGGAGAAGCACUACAACACUCUUCAGUACGAGAUCAGCUCCUCGUCUCUCGCUCGCAUCUUUCAGCUCGUCGUCUCCAACAAAGAGCGUCUCAGCAUCGAGGACUACUCUGUGUCACAGACCACACUGGACCAAGUGUUCGUAAACUUUGCCAAGCAGCAGACUGGAGAAGAUGAAGACACUAGACGAACAGCUGCAGGGAGGAAAGACAUCAAAAUAUGUCCCACGAAACGGAAAACAUGA